CCGUGGCCGCAGCGCCGAGUUCUUCCGCAGUCUGUAGCGGAGCAUGGGGUGCUGACGGCCAUGGAGGGCUACCGGGGCUUCCUGGGGCUGCUGGUGUCCGCGCUGCUCGUGGGCUUCCUGUCCGUGCUCUUCGUGCUCGUCUGGGUCCUGCACUACCGAGAGGGGCUUGGCUGGGACGGCGGAGCGCUCGAGUUUAACUGGCACCCGGUGCUCGCAGUGACUGGCUUCGUCUUCAUCCAGGGCAUCGCCAUCAUCGUCUACAGAUUGCCAUGGACCUGGAAGUGCAGCAGGUUCCUGAUGAAAUCCAUCCACGCGGGGUUAAAUGCCGUGGCCGCCAUCCUCGUCAUCAUCUCUGUCGUGGCCGUGUUUGAUUACCACAAUGUCCGAAGCAUCCCCCAUAUGUACAGUCUGCACAGCUGGGUUGGGCUGACCGCCGUCAUACUCUACGUCCUGCAGCUUGUCCUAGGCUUCUUGAUCUUUCUGCUCCCAUGGGCUCCGCCAUCUCUCCGGGCAGUCAUCAUGCCUGUACAUGUGUAUUCCGGACUUCUCCUCUUCGGAACGGUGAUUGCAACAGUCCUCAUGGGAAUAACAGAGAAGCUGUUUUUUGUCCUGAAAGACCCUUCAUACCACUCGUUCCCGCCAGAGGGUGUUUUUACAAAUACACUGGGCAUUCUGAUUGUGGUAUUUGGAGCCCUCAUCUUCUGGAUUGUCACCAGGCCACAAUGGAAGCGUCCCAGAGAACCAGGUUCUAUCCUUCUUCAACCAAGUGGAGGCACGGAUGGACUGGAAGGCGCCAUAGCCAUAAGCUCGGACCGCAGCCCUGACGCCGCGGACGCAGAGUUGAGCAGCGACGGAGCCGCCAGGAAGAGAACCCUCGGCCUUGAUGAUGCGGGCCAGAGAUCCACCAUGUAAAAUGUAGAUGCAGCCUACAUUUCUCUCCCGAAGUCAGCCCUACAGUUCAGCUUCUCCUGCCUAGCCGUUGGCGACUUGGGUUCUUGGUGCCGAUGUAUACUGUGGUCACCAGGGAGGAUUUCUCGAGAGCGUUUGUAUCGUGAGGCCCAACCUUACCAAAUGUAAAAGGGCUUGAUCAAUUUAAGUGGUGAUUGUUUCUUUUUUAUUCCUGAGGACCCAAGCUUUGGAUGUGCCUGCCCGGGGCUUGUUUGCUGAGCAGACAGCACCCUUGGCCUCUCUCUACGCCUCAUUAAUUCUGGGAGCCCAAAGAUUUAAGAACAAGGUAGAACCAGUCCUAACUUUUAAAACAAUCACAAAUACCUGGAACUGUGUUUGAACCCUUAUGCCACACAGCUGUUGUGAGUAAAACAUGUUGCAAGGAAUGGCGUUUUAGGAAAAUUAGUUCCCCUUACCACCUCGGUUCCCUCUCCAGCCAAUUUGAGCUCACAUUGGACCCUGGACAUCAGAGUAGAUAUGAGGGCGUUUCAGAGCAGAUGCUGGGUCAAAGACAGCUAGAGAGAUCUCUGAUUAGACCUGAAAGAUUUUCUUACACUCUGCCCACAGCGCCUAGACUCGCAGGAGCUGGUCACCUCACAGCUCAGCUUCUGAACCGCUUGCAAUGCAAACAUACCUGAGCUCACGCUGCACGAACCGCUUUGCAUCCAUGCGCACGUGACGAGCACUGUCCCUCGAGUUUCCAAAGUGCUUCCCUGGCUCUAACAUGUGCCAGCCACUCUCCUGCUGGGCACUUUACAAAUAUUAGCUCCUUCAGCCUCCAGACAGAUGUUGUGAGGCAGGUAUUGUUACUGGCCCCGUCUUUUUAGGCGAAAGAUCCGAAGCUUGGAAAGGUUGUAACUUGGCCCAACUUCACAUAACUCUUGAGUUGAUGGAGCUGGCAUUCCAAUCCUGGCAGUCUGGCUCCUCUGCCCACAAUUCCACUAUGCUCCUUUCGCUUUUAUCCUACUUGGCAGCUCCGUGGUCCGCCCCUGAAUAAAGUCCCCGAGUGGAGACUAGUGGAGUUGUUACAGGGUGCUCUCUGCCUUAUGCUUGGUCCUCUUCCAAGGGGACCCUUUAGAGGGUGGGAAAGGCGCCGUGUAGUCUUAGACGUAGAUCUUGGGGCCUCAGCCACUGCCAACAAGCCAGAGCCUGCCAAUCAUGCCCUUUUAAUCUUAACAGGGCAUCAGUCUUGCUGACAGAAAGAUGUGGGCUAGGAUACUCAGCUUCAAGAUUAAGUCAUUAUAGUUCUUGUUCCUCAUGAUCUUAGCCACUGAAGGGCUUUCCAAUUCGGAGAGAAUUGUAUCCUGGGCUGUCCUUCCCUAGGGUCACAGGCAGGUUCUUUCCUGAUUUUUGUGGAAUUUGGAGUUCUGGUAGAGAACUGAGAUUCAAAGGUGAUGAUAAUCUUUCACGUGGCCGGAUUUCUGUCUCAGCUCUGAGGGAAACCUGAAGGUGUAACUGAGGAAAUGGUUCCUCAUGGAGAUUUUUUGAUUUUUUUUUUUUUGCUUUCGCUGUAUUUUCUGGUUGUAACACUUGGGAACGGAUGUGUGAACUUCUAGUUCCAGCUGCUUGAGAGGCUGGUAUCUGAGGCUCAGUUAGAAACCAGCCUGGGCAGCAUAGAGAAACCUGGGUUUCACUAGUAACCCAAGUUGGCCUCACUCUUUGUGCAGCUGACAAGGUCACCUUGAACAUGUGUGUAGCCUUCCUUGCCUUCACUUCCCAAAUGCUGGAUUACAGGCAUGUGCCACCACCGGCCACACAGCCCAGC